AUGGAAGAAUCCAAUUUGAGUGAGGAGAAAAUUGUCAUUUACAAGCAUGUCGACCAUGGCAUUUUGAACCAGACACCAAAGGUAGUUCGGAUUUCGAUGAAGGACCCCGAUGCCACAGAUGAUGAAGAUGAAGAUGAAGGAUUUGUUAACCUUCUUAAGACAAAGAAGAUUGUGAAUGAGAUCAGAAUUGUGGAGAAGAAACCUUCCACCAGUGUGACAGUGAAACAAACUAAAGAGCCUGGUAGAAGAAAGUUUAGAGGAGUUCGUCAAAGGCCAUGGGGAAGAUGGGCGGCAGAAAUCAGAGAUCCUGUCAAGCGAUCAAGAAUCUGGUUAGGAACUUAUGACACUGCUGAAGAAGCUGCCAUGGUUUACGACAAAGCAGCAAUUAGUUUUCGAGGUUGUCAUGCUCUUACUAAUUUUAUCAAGCCUCCUACAAGUGAAGACAUGGACAUGUCUCCUGCAAUGGAAGACAUGCACCACAACACUCCUACAAGCGAAGACAUGCACAUGGAUGCUGUUUCUUUUGAAUAUGGUUGUUAUGAUGAAUCUCAAGGUAGUUGGAGUGGUUUGGUUGAGAAUGUGAGUGGUGGGACUGGUUCAACUAGAGAGUCUCAUUUGUCUUCACCCACUUCUGUUCUGGGACUUCAACAUGAGAAACAUGAGAAACUUGUGUCAGAAGAAGUUUUUGAAACAGAUGGUUUGUUUAUAGAAGAUCCAAGUUUUGAAGAUACUUUCUCCUUUUUAGAUUUAUAUUCACCAUCCAUUGAUUUUGAUUCUGGAAACAAUUUCAUGAAUGUGAUGGUUGACACUAAUGUAAAACAUUUUGAUGAAAAUCUGUGUGAUAUUUCCCCUCUUGGCAAUGAGAAUUUUCAAUCAUUCAACUGGGAUAUAGAUAGUUACUUCAAUGAUCUCUCUCCUCCUUAA